CUCAGUGCCGCGGUGGCCCGAAGGCGGAGGGUGUCAGGUUCUGCGCCGCCUGCGGGGAGGGGACCAGGGGACCCGUGCGGGCCGCCCUCGAGCGAAUCCUACACAGGACACUGUUGGGGGCUGGCCCCAGGAUGGAGGCUUGGGCCCAGAACUCCAGGCAGGGAGGCAUCCCCAAGGCAGAUCUCCAGGGAGCCUACAGGGGCCAGGAGGAGAGGCCCAAGAUGGAGUGGAGGCCUCUGGCAAGAGGACCCAGCCAAGAGACACCCCUCUCAGGAGGGAGACCUACAUGGAGGGACAGCAGGUGGCAAGACGGCUCCCCAAGGCAGGGACUCCUGGAGCUGGGGCCUUGGUGUGAGCCCCAGUCCAGGGACUUGCCAGAGUGCAGGAGUGGGACCCCUGGUAAAAGAACCAUGUGGCCCCACCUCCUCUCAGAACCCCGACCUAAUCAUUCCCCAGGGGCCACAUGCUGGGGAGGGCCCCUGUUGGUGCCCAGUCAAUACCAGGGCCUCCAGCUGUAACUGCUGCCUGGCACAGCAUCACAGAACACCUCCGGAGGAGAAGCCCCUGGUGUGUGAUCACUGUGGAGGCCAGCUGCUGUGCUGGUGCUGUCCCAGGACCCAGCUGUGCCAGGUCCACACAGAGGAUGGGUCACAGGAACAGCGCACAGGCACCCAGGCCUUCCCAAAGACGCUCCAAGUGACCCUCUUUCAGCAGAAGCCCCUGAAGGAGCUGCCCCAGGCCUGCCGUUGCCACGAGGGCUUGACCCAGAUGCCCUGCCGGCUGCUCAGGAAACGGUGUGGAUGGCCACCCCACCUUUGUGCCCAGUGUGGCGAGCGCCUUUGCUCCGACAAGCAGCCGCAGAUGGCCGAGGGCCCCUUAAUGUGUCCUCAGUGUGGUCAGGUCUCAGGUCCCAGCUGCAGUGCUCCUGACCCCCCGGCGCAGCGGCUCUACGUCUGCGACCAGUGCAGCAAGGCCUUUCCACGCACCUCGAGCCUGCUGCAGCACGAGCGCAUCCACACCGGUGAGCGACCCUAUGAGUACACCCAGUGUGGCAAGGCCUUAGUGAGCUGCUCCGGCCUCCACCGCCACCAGAAGACGCACUGGGCCGAGCACCACCGCCACAGCCGGGCCCUGGCCCAGAGGUCCUGCCUCUUAGGGUACCUGCCCUGUGGGGACUGUGGCGAGGGGACCCAGGGGCCUCCACGGGUGCCCGUUGCCGGGCAGAAGCCAUACAAGUGCACAAAGUGCGCCAAGGCCUUUGCCAUGUUGUCGCACCUUGUGGAGCACCGGCUCGUGCACACGGGCGAGAAGCCCUACGCGUGCCCGGAGUGCGACAAGGCCUUCAACCAGCGCUCGAACCUGAGUCACCGUCGGCACACGCACAGCAGCGCCAGGCUCACCUGCCCGCUGUGCAACAAAGCCUUCAAGGGUCGCUCGGGCCUGCUGCAGCACCGGCGUGCGCACACUGGCGAGCUGCCCUACGGCUGCCCUGAGUGCGGCAAGACCUUCCGCGGCUGCUCCAAGCUGCGCCAGCACGAGCGCCUGCACUCAGGUGAGAAGCCCUACAUCUGCUGAGACUGCGGUAAGGGGGCUAUCUUAACAUGUUCUGGAUCCCUGGGCACUCGACAGAGGAGGUUAAGACCCUGGCAUGUGUUUAACUCACAUAAUGGUCUAAUGGACCUGCUACAUCAUGCUCCUUAGGUCCAGUCAGCCAAUGUCAUCCGGGUAGUAGCAAUGACACAUGGGUGUGAUGUCCUGUCAGAAGUCAGGCUGAUCAGGAUCUCUACAGAGAUUACAACAGAUAAAAAGAAAGUUGAGUUGAUAGCCUUGAGGCAAGCCAUGAAAGUGUGCUGUUGUUCCUGCCACAUGAAAAUGAGGCGAUUGUGGCGGUCCUUGCAUACCAGGAGAGAAAAAGCACUAGCAAGAACAAUAUCCCUGAAGAUGAGACUCUUUAAGUCCCCGAAGUCAUCCUAAACCUCUUCCUACAGAAGCAGCCCCUCUGAGGGUUCAAACAUCCUGAUCACCACCUCAUUGCUGCCACCGGUGAUGGCUAGUGUGCACAUCUCUGCGGGGCUCUGUCACUUGAGCUCUGUUAAGCUGGCCUUUGAUCUCUGAAAUCAGUCCUGAUGGCAGCAUCUCCCAAGGCCAAACUGGCCUGGAGCGCACUGGCACUUUUCAGGAAUGCAGGUCCCCUCCCAACUAACCUGUUUUGCAAUGUCAUUAAAACAAGGCCGUCCUCCUCUUUACUAUGAAUUUGUAUGAUCACACAUAACAAAUCUAUGCCAACAUUCCUAUGCCCCUAGGCCCUUGGAUUCUUUCUUCCAUGUUGUACCGGGAAAGUUCUAGCGAUUUGGCCUCAUCCAAUUUAGGGUACUGUGAGUCCAGGUCAACCUACCAAACAAAAAUCUCCCUCAAGCUACUCAAUCUAACACCUUAAACCCAGUCUUUGCAAGUUGGCCCAUAUGGGUAGUUACAUUUGAUCCAGCCCAGUGUUGUAUCCCAUCCUUCUUGGUCAGAUAGUCUAAGAUGCUCUCCCAGGUUUCCUGGAUGCCUGGGGGGCACGUACACCAGAUCUUCAUCCUCCAUAAAAGCCCCCAGGCCCCAAACAAAGACACUCCUCAUGCUCUUUUCCUUUCUGAGUCUCCCAGACACUCUGUCUGCAUCUGCUAUCUCUUUAUCUUCAGUAAAUUCUGCUCUCACCUCUUGCCAGGUUGGGCUUAAUUUUGAGCCUACAUGACGUCAAGGACCCUCUUACCUGGUCCUGGGGGACCCCCUCUGGGUCCCUGGAUGUGGCCUGCUGGCAUCACUUGGGGGGAACCUAUUGUAACAUAAAUGGUGAGAAGAUUAAAAGUGAUAUAUGUUCUCUAUUAAAGUCCAAUUGAUGAGCAGACAUAGUACGUGUGCCUGCCUUAGAUCUUCUGGUUUUGCAGAUUUAUAACAAAGAUCCAGGGAUGGUAAAAGAAUUCCAGUAAGUACAGUUUGAAGGAACAAAUGCAACCUUGGAAUAGACUUGAACAGACAGGAAGGAAAAAUCCAAACAAUCCUUGACAUAGAUCUUGAUAAAAGGGUAAGGAAAUGUAGGAUUAUUUAUGAGGAAAGAUGGCGCACAUGUAUUGAGCAAACAUAGAUGUAAUGUACAUGCUCUGUACAGAUGGAUGUUGUUGCGAUUUGUCCCACAUAGCCAGCCACCCGGACUGUGUAUGUGCCGGGUAUGCUUAUGUGUCUGUACAGAGGCAGGCUAAAGAAUGUUGUUUGUGAUGGGAUGCCUGGGUGGCUCAGUGGGUUAAAGCCUCUGCCUUCGGCUCGGGUCAUGAUGCUAGGGUCCUGGGA